AGUUUACGGUCGUAUCUGCCUCGGUUACUGUUAAGUUUCAGUAAAAACUGCAUUUUUUGUGCUUGGUGUCGAACAGCGACAUUUAGAUAUGGGAAACAAAUCGUCACUAUUGCUACGCGAGGAGGAGAUCGCUCAAAUCCACGAAGAAACCGGAUUUACUCCCAAUCAGAUCGAAAGGCUCUACUCACGGUUUACCUCCCUGGACCGAAACGAUUGCGGAACACUUUCUCGAGAAGACUUCCUACGUAUCCCUGAACUGGCCAUCAAUCCGUUGUGCGAACGAAUUGUGCAUUCGUUUUUUGCCGACAGCAGCGAUGAUCGGGUUAAUUUCCGCCAGUUUACUCGUGUGCUCGCCCAUUUCCGACCAAUCAAACCAAACAAGGAGAACAAAUUGAAUAGUCGCGAAGAGAAGCUGCGUUUCGCGUUCAAAAUGUACGAUCUGGAUGACGACGAGACGAUCUCCCGCGAUGAACUUCUUAAUAUCCUACAGAUGAUGGUCGGAGCGAACAUUAGCCAGGACCAACUGAACAGCAUUGCCGAGCGUACGAUCGUCGAAGCGGAUACGGUUGGAGGAGGCAAAAUUUCUUUCGACGAUUUCUGUCGUGCAUUGGAGCGCACGGAAGUGGAACAAAAGAUGUCCAUCCGCUUUCUGAAUUAAGGGACAGAAAGCAACAAUGACUAUUUACAAAUGUUUACCACAAAAGUAACAGUUCGGUCCAGUGUUUGCCACCGUAUCGCAGCUUACUUCCUCAUUCCUGUGUAGAUAUUAGUUAGAAUACAAUUCACCAGGCACAAAACUUAUUUCCACGUGUGGUGGUAUUGCUAAUGAGACCCAGAUCAAGCAUUGGUAAUAUUAAUGUAUAUAAGCAUAGUAAAGCAGCAAAAUAAAACACGGAUUGUCGAAACACUGGGUAAAAUAUGUUUCUGCACUUACUUAUCAGAUACUUAGUUAACAUCUUUCAAUUGAACAUAGCUAGCAAACUUCGAAAGAGUUCUCCAGAGUAUUGCUGCUCGUUGUACUAAUGAUUUAGUAAGAUAUCAAAAUAUUCAGCUCAAUUAUCUAACUAUGAGUCUCACAGAUUGCCUGCUGCUGCAAACUGAAUUGCUUUCUAUACCGAAUUCUUCAGAUCAACUGAUUUGGACUAACCCUAGUACCAUAAAGAGUAAGAGUAGUUUUGAUAUACAAUCAUAUAUGUUACCGCUCUGCACGACGAAACUAAGCCUAAAUAAUGUUCAAUAAUUUAUAUUCCUUUGAUUUUCGGACCAAAAAGUAAUCAAAAACGCAUCAAACAUACCAUUUUAUCCCAUACGAAAAUUUGAAUUAUUAUGAGAAAUACAUGUUAUAUUCUUAUAGGAUCUAUUAUACUAUUGUGUUAUAUAAUU